AUGGCAAGAUUAGUACUUGGAAAUACUGAAAAGAUCAUAUUUUCCUCAACAAGUUGCUCAUCCACUACAUUAUCAACAGCGUCUUUUCACUUGGAGCAGCCACUAAUUCAUCCUUAUACAUCCAUACGUACACAGUUGAUCUCACCUUCUUUGUAUUUAUACCCUUUACAAGACUUGACACCUCAAUCCACCUAUGAAGUUCGUUUAUCUUAUCCUGCAACGGUGCCUACUGAUUUUCAAUUGAGUUUGAUAUGUAAUGAUACUGAUAUACAAGGAGUAUUGAUUCAAGGUCAUUAUGCCGGUGUGUCUCGAGAACCUGGGAUGGAAAACGUACCAGUACCCGUAGAUAUAGUACUUGAAAAACUAGCAUUUGGAAUAGUUUAUCAUGGUAUCUACAAAAUCAUAUUAAUGAUUGGUCUUGUUUUGACUCUUGGUUACUUUAUCAUUCUUCCUAGGAUCAAACUCUUCUUAUUACAACCUGUCAAAUUCGAUUAG